AUGACGUCGGACGAGGUGGACGGGAAGCCCGCGGAGGGUCCGUGGGAGACGCGUGACGAGGACAAGCAGCGCACGCUGCCCGGGACAGCGGGCAGCAGGGCGCCGCACAGUGCGACGUCGCGUGACGCCACGCGGUCCGCCGACGGCGGCUCCCCCGGCGCAGGCAAGAAGGGGAAGAAGAAGAAGAAGGGCAAGAAGAGCGCUCGCCCCAAGACGGCCCCCGCGGGCGCCGGGAGGCCGUCGCGGCCCGAGCGCGACAUCACCGUGGGCGGCAUAUACCGUGAGAUCGUCACGCAGCGUGAGAUGCGCAAGCGGGCCGUCGUGCUCACGCCUAAGCAGCUGCGGGCCUCGGUGACCCGCCUGUCGAAGACGGCCAUGGAGGCGCGCCUCGGCGCGGAGGGCGGCGAGGCGUACGCGUCAACGUUGCCGUCCAAGCAGCUGCUCACGCGGCUGCGCGCCGCGAACGGCGACGCCGAGGUCAUUCGGAAGGAGAUCGACGAGGCGAUGGUGAUCGCGCGGGCCAGGAAGGACGCCGAGCGCGCUGCGCGCAGGGCGAUGGAGCUGAUUGACGCAGAGCCUGACGUGGCCGCCGCGGCGCAGCAGGCGGCGCUCAAGGCCGCGGAGGCGGCCGGGCUGGACAUCACGACGUCGGACCGCGACGAGAACGGGCUCAUUCGGCUGCCGCCGGAGUGGGGCGGGCAGCGGCGGCGCCUCACGCGCAACGAGCAGGAGGAGAUGAUCGAGCGCCUGACCGAGGUGCCGCCGAAGAAGGCGCCGCGGCGGCCGGUGUCCGGGCGGCUGCAGUACCGGCCGAACCCGAACACGGGGAAGUGGGAGGAGGUCCUGGUGCCGCUGCCGCAGCGCACCGACGAGCAGCAGACGCAGGCGCUGCGGGAGCUGGCGGAGCGGUGCGAGGAGAAGCGGCGGAAGACGGAGGCGAAGAUGGAGGCCAAGUACCUGACUCCGCUGACUCAGACCAAGAAGUACGCCGGCGCGGAGGGGCGCGCGGUGAUGCGCGAGCGCCUCGAGCGGCUGUACAACGGCGAGGCCGCGCGGGACCCGUCCGAGCUGCGGUCCGAGCUCGCCAGGAAGCUGCGGCUCGCGGACUGA